GCCCCGGUUCCCCGCCGCCCCUCCCUCGGCGCUGGGCUCCUGGCGGCGUCCGGGGCGGGGCCGUUCCCUCCAGAGCCCCUGUCCCUGAGCCGACACGCCCACCCGAGAGGCGACUGGGGCUGGGCCUCCUGCCUGGCUGUCGGCGCGGUCUCCCCCAGGCUUGGCUCCGGGGCUGGCGGUGCCCUCGGCGGCGGGCGCGGCGCUGGGGUUGGGGAGCACGGGGCGCGGCCGUAGGCUCAGUGGGGUUCGACUAGGGCCUGCUGGCCUCUGACCUGACUUUCCGCCUCUUCCCAGUCCCGCGCCUUUGAUGGAGGAAGCGGGGGGACCCCGGAUGGGCACUUAGGGAAAAAGGGCGAGGCUGGAGGAAGGACAGUCUCCGUCCUGGCUUCUGAACCCGCAGGGAUGGAACGAUUUCACACCUGAUGGCCUGACAGGUGGAUGAACUCCUGUCCUUUCGGUAACCGAGGCAGCUUCCCCCCCUCCCCCCGCCCCGUCUCAUUUUAUGGCAUUUCACGGAAUCACUUUCAAAUCACCUGUCUCUCCCAGACCUGACAAUGGCAUUAUUGCUUUGGCUGGGAAGUGCUGGAUUGGUCCGAGGCGCUGAAGUUCUCAACAAGAACAUGGACCCCUUCGUUAUUUUAAAAUAACAAAGCUAGCUGAGGACCCACAGCAAGUGACGUUUUUCAAGUCUUUGAUACUUCCGCAGUGCUUGGGAAGACAGACAGGGACACUAUCCAGAAAAAAAUAUCUAGGCGAUUACGACUAUGGAGAAAUGUCGGCCUGGAUUAGAUAUCUUCUGCAUAAUGGCAGAGGUGAAAGGAGAAACAGUGCGCCAUGUCUUUGCAGGACCCCACUCUCGGCAGAGAGGGGAACACAGAGGAAGAGAUUAUGGCUGCUGUGGUUUUUUCUGUUGGACCUCUGAAUCCUGAAGUUUCCAAGCCAGAUGAAGACCUUCACCUUCAGGCUGAAGAACCAGAAUUGGAAAAGGAUUCUGUGACAUUUAAAGAUGUGGCUAUAGACUUCUCAUUAGAAGAGUGGAGGUUGAUGGACCUUUCCCAGAGGAACCUGCACAAGGACGUGAUGCUAGAGAAUUACAGGAAUCUUGUCUCCCUGGGGCUUGCAGUUUCCAAACCAGACAUGAUAUCUCACCUGGAGGAUGGCAAAGGACCGCGGGUGGUAGUGAGGGAAAUUGCAAGAACCCCCUAUCCAGAGCUGGAGACCAAACCUGCAGCCAAGAAUGUUGUAUCAACAGAAAAUACUUCUGAAGAUGUAUCACAAGAGACCAUAAUAGAUAAACUCACAGAGAACAGUCUGUGGAACCCCAGAAUGGGAGGAUUAUGGAAAUGGAAUGAAAGGAUACUGAGAUUGCAAAAUAGUCAGGAAAAUCAUUUGAGUCAAAGAAUAGUUACUCACAAGAAAAUUUCCACUGGUCAAAGAGGAUUUAGAUUUGGAUCUAUUCUUUUUCCAGAAGCGGGAGUUAUCACAGAAGGGCCCCACGGCAAAUGCCAAACACGUGAAAAUUUCACUGAGAAUUUAGAUUUGAUUACAGAUACCCAUCUAGGAAAGAAAAUCUGCAAGGAUACAGAAGGCAGCAAAGCUGUAAGGCCUACUUCAGAACUUACUUUAGGAAAAAAAUACAAUAAUAAAGAAAAACCCUAUAAAUGUAGUACCUGUGAAAAGUCCUUUCGUUACAGGUCAUUACUGAUUCAACAUCAGAGAACGCACACUAAAGAAAAACCUUAUGAAUGUAAUGAAUGUGGGAAAAUGUUCAGCCAGCCUUCAUAUCUCAGUCAACAUAAAAAAAUUCAUACUGGAGAAAAACCCUACAAGUGUAACGAAUGUGGAAAGGCCUUCAUUGCUUCUUCAUCACUUAUGGUACAUCAGAGAAUUCAUACUAAGGAGAAACCUUAUCAGUGCAAUGUCUGUGGAAAAUCUUUUAGCCAGUGUGCUCGCCUUAAUCAACACCAGAGAAUUCAAACCGGAGAGAAGCCCUAUAAAUGUAGUGAAUGUGGGAAAGCUUUCAGUGAUAAAUCAAAACUCGCAAGACAUCAGGAGACUCACAAUGGAGAGAAACCCUACAAAUGCAAUGAUUGUGGGAAAGCCUUUAGGAAUAAGUCCUAUCUUAGUGUACAUCAGAAGACCCAUACUGAAGAGAAACCAUAUAAAUGCAAUGAAUGUGGGAAAUCUUUCAAGAAUACCACAAUUUUUAAUGUUCAUCAGAGAAUUCAUACUGGAGAGAAACCCUUUAGAUGUAAUGAAUGUGGGAAAGCCUAUAGAAGUAAUUCAAGCCUUAUUGUACAUAUAAGAACUCAUACUGGGGAAAAACCUUAUGAAUGUAAUGAAUGUGGGAAAGCAUUCAAUCGUAUAGCAAAUUUCACAGAACAUCAAAGAAUUCAUACAGGAGAAAAACCCUAUAAAUGCAACGAAUGUGGAAAAGCAUUCAUUAAUUAUUCAUGCCUUACCGUACACCACAGAAUGCAUACAGGAGAGAAACCUUAUAAAUGUAAUGAAUGUGGAAAGGCCUUCAUGCGUUCUUCAUCCCUAAUUAUACAUCAGCGGAUUCAUACUGAAGAAAAACCUUAUCUAUGUAAUGAAUGUGGGGAGUCUUUCAGAAUAAAAUCACACUUAACUGUGCAUCAGAGGAUUCAUACUGGAGAGAAACCGUAUAAAUGUACUGACUGUGAGAGGGCAUUUACCAAAAUGGUAAAUCUCAAGGAGCAUCAGAAAAUCCAUACUGGAGUGAAACCUUAUAAAUGCUAUGAUUGUGAGAAAUCUUUCAGGACUAAGUCCUACCUUAUCGUACAUCAAAGGACCCAUACUGGGGAAAAACCAUAUAAAUGUAAUGAAUGUGAAAAGGCUUUCACUAACACAUCGCAACUUACCGUACAUCAAAGAAGGCAUACUGGAGAAAAACCCUAUAAAUGUAAUGAGUGUGGGAAGGUUUUCACAAGUAACUCAGGCUUUAAUACCCAUCAGAGAACACAUACUGGAGAGAAACCAUUUAAAUGUAAUGACUGUGGGAAAGCAUUUAGCCAGAUGGUACACGUCACAGAACAUCAGAAAAUCCAUAGUGGAGAGAAACCCUAUAAAUGUGAUGUCUGUGGAAAAGCCUUCAGGAGGGGUUCCUACCUUACAGUGCAUUGGAGAACACAUACUGGAGAAAAACCCUAUACAUGUAAGGAAUGUGGAAAAGGUUGUAUCACUCUAUCACAGCUAACUCUUCAUCAGAGAAUUCAUACUGGGGAAAGGCCCUACAAAUGUGAAGAAUGUGGAAAAGCCUUCAGAACCAACUCAGAUUUUACUGUACAUUUGAGGAUGCAUACUGGAGAAAAACCCUAUAAAUGUCACGAAUGUGGAAAAGCCUUUAGGAGUAGCUCAAGCCUUACUGUACAUCAAAGAACCCAUCAGAGAGAAACUCAAUUAAUAUAAAAAGUAACAAACCAUUCAUCCAGAUGUCAGCUCUACAAGGAGAAUCUUAUAAACUGUGUCUUUUAUGAAUGUGGGAAAACUUUCAGGAGCAAUUCACCAGAAAACACACACUUAAGGGAUACUUUAUAAACAUAAAAAUGUGGAAAACUCAUAUUAAAUCUUAGAAGUCACAAGCAAAUUCACAGUAGAGAAAAAUAGUGGACAAAUGAAAGCCUUCACCCAGAUUUCAUACUUUGUUCACUUAAAUUAUCUUCAAUGAAUUGCCUAUAAUUUUUUACCUAUUUUUCUAUUGGUUUGUCUUUCUUACAAAUCUGGAGGUGCUCUUUAUAUACUUGAAAUAUUAAUCCUUUGUCAUGUGUGUUUGAAAAUUUUUUAAUCUAGCAUUUGUUUUUAUGCUUUUUUAUAUGGUAAAAGAAGUUGCCACAUUUUAAUUUUUCACAGAUACUUAUUUUCCUUUUUAGAUUAAUUUACUCUUUUAGUUAAAAGAGUCUCCUUAAUCCCUAGGUUAUACAUAGUGUUCUAAAUUUGUUUCUAAGAUUUUGUUAAUUUUAUAUUUUAUAUUAAAGUCUUUAAUCUGUCUGAACUAGAUGGCUAGUCAUAGAAGAGCAAAUUGCCAUUAAUCUCUGAAAAUAUUAUGAACCUAAGGUAGUACUCAGGGAAAUGCAAAUUAAAACAACCAAUGAGAUGUCACCUCCACUAAAUGGAGUUAGCAAAAAUUAAGAGAUCUUUUGGUAGUUGGAUUUGGGAAACCAUGUACUCUUAACACAAACGGUUAUAUCAACUUCUAUUUCCACCAGCAAUUAAGCAAUAUGUAUACAAAUAUUUUAAUAACAUUUCAAAAUAAAAAUACUUUGACCUAGCAGUCUCACUUUGGGGAUCUUCCCCACAGAAAUAACAGCAUCAGUGCAUAAGAAUACACAUAAGUCAGGAUUUUUGUUGAAGUAUUGUUUGUAGAGGCAAAGUAGAAAACCAAGUGGAGACUAAGUGAAUGCCCAUUAAUUGGGAAAUGGUUGAAUAAAGUGUGAUAUAGCCAUUCUAUGGAACAGCAUGAGAGUAAUUUUUAAAAUUAGUUAUAUAUACACUAGUUGAUCUCAAGGUAUUGCCACAAUUUUUAAUAACUAAUUGCUUUAUUGCAGAGCUUUAUGUGUACAGGAUUUCAUUUUUUGUUAAAUGAUCAUUCCCAUUUAUGUAUAUAUGUGUAUGUGAUGAGCAUGGAAACAAGUAUAUAUACUUGGCUGAAUAUAUACCAAGCUGUUAAUAUUGGUUACCUUGAAGGAAGGGAGAAGAGAAGUAGGGGAAAGGACUAGAAAAAAAAAAUUUUUUUUAAUGUAAGUGCAGCAUGUAUGGUAUAAAAUUCUAUAUAAAACUGUAUUUGUAUGAACUUUUGAGAACUACGAAUGAAGGAUGGUCUCCAAAAAGUUAGAUUGUUUUAGAGUUGGGGGAGUAUGCAGUACUUUUUGUCCGAUUACUGCACUUCUAUGUAUUUUAUAAGCUUUCCUUCCCAACAAGCAUGUGAUACUUAACAUAAACAGGAAACACCUAUUUUACUUGUGAAGGUAAUUUACUGGACACCUGUUAUGUACCAAGAAUUACCCUAAUAUAUUGGCAGGGUAGGGACAGUCAGGAAUCUAAGAGCAUGGGAAUUUGUUCUGAUGCUGCAUAGAUUCCAAACAAGUUACCCAGCACCUCAUUACACCCACCCUCUCAGUUUCAUUUAGAAGAGGUAGUAAUUUCAGACAAAUGAGAAACGUACCCAAGAAUAUCUGGAACUUGUGUUCAGGCUAUAAACCAGAAAACUGCAAGCCUCAAGAGAAGCUCCACCUUCAACAUGGCACCAAAGAAAAGGUCACAGUGAUGAAAAGUUCCAUGUACAGCCUCAUAGAACAUUACAUGAUGGAAUAGAGAGAGGGGAAACAGCCAGACACCCAAGUCCAUAAAAAAGGAAGUCUUGGGAGUUCUGGAAAUACUAAGAGUCCUGGAACAAAGAUGAGAACCAAAAGGCUAUGGCCCUGAUAUCAGAAGGCCAUAACAAACCAUGGACCUGAUACCCAAAAAGGACAAGACAUGAUGAGCUAUACUUCAGUGGAGGCUGAAGAAAAGAGAAUCCCAGUACUCCUCCCACAAUGUUGGAAUAUGUAUAUAUCCAAUAUUGGGGAGGAGAUAUUGGAUAAAUGAUAGGAGCUACCUCCCAUUACAAGUAAAUAAUUUGACACUGGUUAAAAUGACCAUUUCUGAUUGAAUUUUAAUAAUGGAAUUUAUGAAUUGUUACCAAGAGACAUACCUCCUUUGGAUGUAAUGUAUGGGUUUCUGAUUGGAAAGUUUAGAGUUACACCUUGACAUACUAUCCUUAAGAAACCUUGCUGUUAAACAGUUGACAUGACUUGAUGCCUACUCUGUCAGCUGCUUCUUUCUACCUCCUAACCCUCACCACACAUAAAACCCUCUGCCCUGCUUUAGAGCCAAACAUUUCAAGAAGAGGAGCAUCGUCAGCAGGUUCAAAUGACAUAACUGAAAAGUGUCCACAGGAUUAGGGGACGGAGAUGGCACAGGCUACCUUUACAAGAGCAGUUUCGGGGCACCUGGGUGGCUCAGUCGGUUAAGCGGCCGACUUCGGCUGGGGUCAUGAUCUCGCGGUUCGUGAGUUCGAGCCCUGCGUCGGGCUCUGUGCUGACAGCUCAGAGCCUGGAGCCUGUUUCAGAUUCUUUGUCUCCCUCUCUCUGAACCUCCCCCGUUCAUGCUCUGUCUCUCUCUCUCUCAAAAAUAAAUAAACGUUAAAAAAAAAAUUUAAUACAACAGCAGUUUCAAUGGAGAGGUAAGCCUGGUUCUAAUGUAUGGCAGUAUCUCAUUAUAGGUUGAAUUUGCAUUUCCUUUAUGGCUAAUGAUGUUGAGUCUCCUUUUAGGUGCUUUUUGAAUAUCCUCCUUUGAGAAGUGCCUGUUCAAGACUUUUGCCCAUUUUGGGAGGCACCUGGGUGGCUCAGUUGGUUAAGCGUCUGAGUUCAACUCAGUUCAAUGGAGUGCAGCCUGGAGCCUGCUUUGGAUUCUGUGUCUCCCUCUUUCUACCCCACCCCCGUUCGUAUGCUGUGUCUCUCAAAAAUAAACGUUAAAAAAAACUUUUUUUAAGACUUUUGCCCAUGUUUUAAAUUGGGAACUCUGUUCAUUUGUAGGAUUCUUUCUAUAUUCUGGGUGCAAGGUACCUUUUUUUAAUAUUUUUUGGGGGGGAGUGCAAGUGGGGGAGGAGUAGAGCGAGGGGGACAGAGGAUCUGAAGCAGGCUCUGCACUGACAGACUGACAGCAGUGAGCCCAAUGUGGGCUUCAAACUUGCAAACCACAAGGUCAUGACCUGAGCCGAAGACAGACACUCAACCAACUGAGCCACGCAGGUGCCCCACAAGGUACUUUUUAGAUAACUUACAUCACAAACAUCAUCUCCAGCUUACCUUUUCACUCUCCAAAUGAUGUCCUUCAAUGAACAGAUGUUUUUAAUUUUAAUAAAAAAUAAUCUAUUCGUGCUUUUUGUGCCUAGUUUAAGAAAUCUUUUCGUAAUCCAAGGUCACAAAAGGUAUUUUCCUACAUUUUCUUCUACAUUUCUACUAUUUUACUUUUAAUUUUUAGGUCUACAAUCCAUUUGAAGUUAAUUUUUAUGUGUGGUCUGGGGUAGAGGUCAAAUUAAUAUUUUCCAUACAAAUAUACAACGUAUUCAACAUCAUUUAUUGAAAAGACAUUCUCUCCUCCCCCUCGGGUUGUAGUGGUAUUCUUACGAUAAAUCAAAUGAUUAUGUUAUAUGGGGGUCUAUUUCUAAAUUAUUCUGUUACAUUCUAAGGAACACCAGAUGUUUUUAGUGUAAGCAGAUUUAUAGCAAGUCUUGGUGUCUGGUGGUGUGUGUCUUCUAAUUUUGUUCUUGUUCAAAGUUGCAAUUCUAGGUCCUUGGCAUUUUCAUGCAUUUUUGAAUGAUUUUUUUUCAAUUGCUCCACACCAAAAAGUUGAGGUUUUAAUGAGCAUUACAUCAAAUACAUAAUUGUGGAAGAAUGCAUACUUUAACAAUAUUGAGACAUCCAGUCUGUGAGCAUGCUUUUCAUUUAUAUACAUCUUUUGAUCUCAGCAAUUUUUGUAUUUUUUCAGUGCAGACGUUUUGAACAUUUUUAUUAAGUUAGUCCUAUGUAUUGGGGGUUUUGAUGUUAUAAAUGCUAUUAUUUUAGUUUUCUGAUUUUUGCUAAUAUUUAUUAAAUACAUACAGUUGGUCCUUGAACAAUAUGGGUUUGAACUGUCCAGGUCCAUGUAAUAGAUGGGUUUGUUUGGUUUUUUUCCCCAAUAAAUGUAUUGGAAAAAUUUUUAAGAGACUUGCAACAAUUUAAAAAACUCACAGAUGAACCAUGUAGCCUAGAAAUAAUUGAAAAUUUAAGAAAAGGGUACAAGUGUACAAAAUAUAUGUAGAUAAUAGUCUAUUGUAUCACUACCAUAAAAUAUACACAAAUCUAUUGUAAAAAGUUAAAAUUUAUCAAAACUUCUGCACACAAGCAGACCAUACAUAGCACCAUUUGCAUUCAAGACAAAUGUCAACAAAAAGCCGCAGCAGCAAAUGAGAACUGUGUAAAAUUAACUGUAGUACAUAUUUUACUACUGUAAUAAUUUCGUAGCCACUUCCUGUUGCUGUUGAGUUGAGCCCAGUGUAGUGAGUAUCCACUUAAAAUGCCUGUGACACUAAUCGUCACUGAGCAGUUCAUCUCCCAAUAAGUUGUAUAUCACCGUGAAAAGUCAUCUGUCCUACUUCUCACAUAUUUUUCAUCAUGUCUAAGUGAAAUACUGUAAACCUGGAGUAAUACCAGGGGACCCAUAUGGAGCACCACUAAUGAUGUGGCAGUGCUCCCCAAAAGCAAAGAAAGGUUAUGAAAUUAUAAGAAAAAGUUGAAUUUCUUGAUACGUAUCAGUGAUUAAGGUCCACAGUUGCAGUUGCCUGCCAUUCCAAGACAAAUGAAUCCAGUAUAAUCCUCAGGAGGAAGGAAGGAAGGAAGGAAGGAAGGAAGGAA